AUGUUUUCACAGCAGCCCCAGGACCUGGUGGUGGUGGCAGGCCAGCCGGUCACCCUGCCCUGCUCUAUUCCUGGGUACCAUGGCGUUGUUCUCUGGAUCAAGGAUGGCUUGGCCCUGGGUGUGGGAAGAGAUCUCUCAGGUUACCCUCGCUACACGGUGGUGGGAGACCACACCUCUGGUGAACACCACCUGCGGAUCCAGAGAGUGGAGCUGAUGGAUGACGCUGUGUUUGAGUGUCAGGCUAUCCAGGCAGCCAUGAGGUCCCGGCCAGCCCGACUCACUGUGCUGGUUCCGCCAGAAGACCCAAUCAUAGACGGAGAGCCGGUGGUGAGCCUGAGAGCUGGGGACCCGCUCAACCUGACCUGUCACGCCAACAACGCCAAGCCUGCCGCCUCCAUCAUCUGGAUCCGAAAUGGAGAGGUCUUGAACGGAGCCAUGUAUUCCAAGACACUUAUGCGAGAUGGGCGAAGGGAAAGCACAGUAAGCACACUCUACAUAUCGCCCUCUAACAUCGAGACGGGCCAAAAGAUCACCUGUCGUGCUUCCAACAAGGCAGUACCCAGUGGCAAGGAAACCAGCGUCACCAUUGACAUCCAGCACCUGCCAUUGGUUAACCUCUCGGUGGAACCUCAGCCUGUGUUGGAGGGUAACCUGGUUAAAUUUCACUGUUCGGCAAAAGCCAAUCCACCAGUCACACAGUAUAGGUGGGCCAAAGGAGGCAGCGUGAUUAAGGAAGUUUCCGGAGACACUUAUGAGGUUAUCGUGGACCACUCCUUCUUCACUGAACCAGUCUCCUGUGAGGUCACCAAUGCUCUGGGGAGCACUAACAUUAGCCGAAAUGUGGAUGUCUACUUCGGGCCUCGUAUGGCAGCAGAGCCACAGUCCCUGCAGGUUGACCUGGGAUCAGAUGCUGUAUUCAACUGUGCCUGGACAGGAAACCCUUCACUCACCAUUGUCUGGAUGAAACGAGGAUCUGGAGUGGUGCUGAGCAAUGAGAACAUCCUGACACUGAAGUCAGUGAGACAAGAGGAUGCUGGGAAAUACGUGUGCCGGGCAGUGGUUCCUCGCGUGGGGGCGGGGGAGAAGGAGGUGUCUCUCACGGUGAAUGGGCCACCCACAAUCUCCAGUACUCAGACCCACCAGGCACCACACGGGGAGAAGGGACAGAUCAAAUGUUUCAUAAGAAGCACUCCACCACCUGACCGCAUUGCUUGGUCCUGGAAGGAGACUGUUUUGGAGUCUGGGACAUCAGGUCGUUACACUGUGGAGACGGUCAGUACAGAAGACGGGGUUUUGUCCACACUCACCAUGAGCAACAUCGUUCCUGCCGACUUUCAAACUAUCUACAACUGCACAGCGUGGAACAGCUUUGGCUCUGACACUGAGAUCAUCCGCCUAAAGGAACAAGGUGGGAGCCAAGGUUCGCCAAUGGGGUUAUGUGUGUCUGUCUCCUCAACAGAGUCCAUGCCAGUGGCUGUGAUUAUCGGGGUUGCCGUGGGCGCCUUUGUCGCCCUCAUCGUUCUCAUGGGAACCAUUGGUGCAUUCUGCUGCACACGCUCCCAGAGGAAAGAUGCUCACCUGGUUAUGCCCUCACUGCCCGUGUCCAUCUGUUCAGCUCAGCAGAGAGAACUUGCAAGCAAAAUUAAGACAGAAAACCUGAAAGGCGUGGUGUCAGCCAAGAACGACAUUCGAGUGGAGAUUGUGCACAAGGAUCACAAUGCGGCACGGGAAAAUGAAGAACACGCCGCCAUGAAACAGCUCAUGAUUGAACGUGGAGAGUUUCAGCAAGAGUCAGUUCUCAAACAGCUGGAGGUUCUUCAGGAAGAGGAGAAAGAAUACCAGCAUAUUAAGGACCCUACCAAUGGAUACUACAGUGUCAACACCUUCAAGGAGCACCACUCAACCCCCACCAUCACCAUGGCAGGAAACCAGACCACAGAGAUCCGUAAUCCCACCACCACCACCACGGGGGGAAAGCAGAGGGUACCCACGGGCAUGUCUUUCACCAACAUUUACUCCACGCUGGGAGCCGGGCCCAAUCGUCUCUACGACUACAGCCAACGUUUCGUGCUGGGGAUGGGAAGCAGCUCCAUCGAGCUUUGUGAAAGGGAGUUUCAACGUGGUUCACUCAGUGACUCCAGCUCUUUCCUGGACACGCAAUGUGACAGCAGCGUGAGCAGCUACAGUAAGCAGGACGGCUACAUUCAAUUCGACAAAGACAGCAAGGCUUCCGCUUCCUCUUCUUCCCACUACUCCCAGUCCUCUUCGCAGAACUCAGACCUCACCCGACCGCUCCAAAAACGAAUGCAGACCCAUGUCUGA